AUGAUCAAGAUCAAAAACACAGAUGAUUUAUGUUGUGCCCGUGCCCUCGUAACGAUGAAAGAGUACGUGGAUGGAGACCCAGACAAACAAUAUAGAAAUCUACGUGAUGGCAGACCCAUUCAAGAACGCCUAGCCAAGCAGCUUCACCAAGAUGCAAUUGUACCUGAGGGACCCUGUGGCUAUGACGAACUAGAAAAAUUGCAAGCGUUUCUAGGACCCCAAGGCUACAAAAUCAUCGUGGUAGAUUACGUCUCUUGUGCCUGUAUUUUUCAAGGCAAUGUGGAUCAGUAUAGCAAAGUCAUUUAUUUGCUUAAACACGACAAUCAUUACAAUGGCUUACGAAGCAUGGCCGCCUUUCUGAAUCGAUCCUACUUCUGCCCUGAUUGCUGUAAAGGGUUCAACACAGAUGACACAGCAAGCCAUUCUUGUAGUGGUCGUAAUUGCUGUAGUUGUCAGCGCACACGUUCUCAGAAAAAUAGUGGUGGCUGCCCAGAUUUUUCCCCAGGAAAAAGAGAACCAUUCACUGUAAAGACUGCCAGCGGGAUUUCUAUGGUCCAGAUUGUUUCAAGGCUCAUAAAGAAACAAAAGGCAAGAAAAAAGUGA